GAGUCACGUGACGCAGAAGAAAACAAACAUGGCGUCUAUCAACAGUGAUGAGUGGAGAGCCAUCUGCGACAAAUUCACCAACGCCCAAAAUCUCGCUGAGAUAGAAUCACGAAAAGACCCAGAAAACGACCCGUUCCGCUCAAAGUACAAAGCCAGGGAACUUCUCCGAGAGAUUUACUGCUCCUUGAAGAAUCUCGAAUCUGGCGACGGUGAAGGGGACACAGGCGAGAGCGGCGACCAACGGCCGCCGGAGCAGCCGGUGGAUGGCCUGACAGAGGAUGCGUUUAGUCGGGGUUUCAGCGGUGACUCCCCAGCUGGAUUGCGGGCAGCUAAACUCGGGGCUGUGGAGUAUUACCUUGGGGUCAACCAUGUCGACACAGAGGAGCUGUCGGCCGGGCAGGAGCAUCUGAUGAAUUGCAUGAAGCUACUGGAGAAAUGCAGAGUGUCGUCAGAGAAUGUGUCGUUGUUCAUUCAUGUCAAGAACCAGCUGGGAAUCCUUUGGGCAGGCCGGGAUGAGACGGAGAUGGCUCAAGGCUUUCUUGAAACAGCAGAAUCCAUCUACCAGCGUUACAUGAAGGAGGAUGGAACUCCUCCUACUGAUACAACAGAGUACUUCUGUACUGAGGAGAACUUGCUGACCCACCAGGAAAGAACCAAGAAGUUUGAAUUGGCUUAUACCCACACCAUGUACUACCUUGCUCAAGUUUAUAAAAACCUAGGUCAAACUGAACGUGCUGCCACCUACUGCCACAGUACUCUGCAGAGACAGUUACAAUUAAACCAGUUUAUCCCAAUGGAGUGGGCUCUAAAUGCUGCUACACUUUCCCAAUAUUACAUCACAAAGGGACGAUACAUGGAAGGCAGACAUUGCCUUUCAGCAGCUACUGUGAUAUCAGGUUUGGCAGGAGAAGUCCCCUCUGAGGCAGCAGCACAAGAGAGUGAGACCGAAAGUGAGCGUAGGGAACAUCUCAGACAGAAGAGAGCUGAGAUUGCAAGAUGCUGGAUAAAAUACUGUCUCAAUCUGCUGCAGGAUGCCAAGAAACUGCUAGAGGACAACAUUGGUGAGCUUGAUACUGAUCAUCAAGAUGAGUUGAAGAGAGCGAGAAGACAAGAGAUGGAGGAGGAAGAGAAGGGAAGGAAGAGCGCUCUGCUGUUUGGCUCUGAAGACACCUUUGACUCCAUUGCUAGUGUGGAAGAAAAGGUGUUGUGUUUGUUCCCUUUGGACUUCACUGAGGCCAGAGCUGUUUUUCUGGUGGGACAGAACUAUGUCACACAGGCUAAGGAGUACUUUCAGAUGGAUGGAUACGUGACGGAUCACAUAGAGAUUUUGCAGGAUCACAGUAGUUUGUUCCGGGCCCUGGCUUUCUUUGAGGAGGACCUGGAGCGACGCUGCAAAAUGCACAAAAGAAGAGUGGACAUGUUGGAGCCGAUCUGCAGUGACUUGAAUACCCAGUACUACCUAUUGAUCCGCAGACAGCUGAUGUUUGAGUUGGCCGAGAUCUACAAUGAAAUGAUGGACUUGAAACUGACUCUGGCCAACAGACAAGCGGAUACACAAUCUCUAGAUAACCACACCAUUAAGAAAUUUAACCAUCUCUGCUCUUCCUCUGCCAAAUACUACCAGAUGUUCUUGGACUCUAUGUGUUCUCCUGAGGGAAAGUUUCCUGAGCACCUGGAGGAGGAGGUGCUCAGACCAGCUCUGGUGGCCCGUUUCAGAGUUGCCCGACUUCACAGCAAACUCAUCAGCUCUUCACCCACCGUUCAACUGGACAACCUUAAUAGAGCUCUGGAAAACUACAAGUACGUGGUCCAGUAUUGUGAGGCCCACCCUGAUGAAGCCGCCGCAGUGGAGACAGAACUGGAGCUGAGCAAGGAAAUGGUUGGCCUCCUCCCUCUGAAAAUCAAUCGCCUCAAAGCGAGGAUGUCAGCAAACAACUGAAAGAUGCUUUGCUGAACAGAUCUUGUUGAAUUUAUUCAAAAAUGCCGAUCUAAAUUUGCCUAGGCAUAGACAAUGGACACUGGGCGAAUGAAGAAAUUAGCUGACUGGUUGUUAUUGUAUACUCUGUUCAUUACAGUUCUGUUUUUUUUUUUUUUUUGUCUUUCUUUCCAGUAAGCAUGCUGCUUUCACAAGACUAGUGAACACAUUACAGGCUAUACAUACUGUUUGUGCUUAUAUUAUACUUGUAAUAAAUGUUGUGGUCAA